UGACCGCAUCGUGAUCAUAUUUGAUUUGACAGCAGCAAUCAUCAGCACGGCAAUUACCAUCUAUCACAAAUAUAACGGGACACAUGCAGGUAUGUAAUCAUAUAAAAAAGUGUUCGAAUCAUAUUUGAAUGUAAAUGAUGAACAUACUACAAGUUGGCUCUGAUGCAGUAAGUGUGUGAGCUGACGACUUGAGGUGAUGAGUUCCUCGGAGCGAAUCCUUGCUGGACCUAGUGAUGAACCACCGUGGCAUCAUGGUGCAGUUUUUUUAUGAAAACCAAUGAGCUGUUUGUGUCCGCCAGGAUCAGACUUAAAAUUUCUAUCCUUCAGAUCUUUGAGACCUGUAAUCUCUAUACUUGCGAAUUCGUGUGACGGAUACGACUAACACAACCUCAGUUUUCUCAGCCGUUUUCUCGUAGCUCGCGGAGAAUAUGACUUUGAUCAGGAUGACCACUUUAAUGAACCACUGCCGGGUCAUAUAGGAAAGACGGAAAGAAAGUGAUUUCCCAUUUCAAUUGUACAACCAGAGCUUCCGUUAGAAUUAUUGCCUGCGUUGAUUACCACGCCGUUGGUAUGUGCAGUCCAAAUAUCAAAAUUUAGCUUUCAUACCAAAAAACUGGCACCGAACAAAAUGAAUGAAAGUUCUACGCUUUACGAAUGGAACUCCCGUGCCGGGCUUAUAAAGGCCGAUACCUAUCUGGAGCUCCAAAUCAAAACAGCUUUAGAGUUUGUAACCAAGUCAUUCGCGGUGUAUCUCCCCCUUGGAAUCCUGGGCAACGUCGUCUCCUUCCUUGUGACCACGACCAAGGAGAAUCGCCGCAUCAGUACGUGUGUGUACAUGUCCGCGUUAGCUGCCAUGGACAGCAUGGUCUUGCUGGCACUGGCAUCCUACAUGUUUCUCUGGACCUUUGGUCUCGGAUUCAGCUUGGACGAAAGCACCAUCGCAAAAGUUCAUUUGUUUAUAUGGUAUUCAGCCAAUACAUUUGGCAUGUCAUCAGGAAUAUUCCUCGCUCUGAUGAGCAUAGAUAGGGCCAUCGUCGUUCAGUUCCCUUUAAAAGCAAGAACAAUCUGCACCCCAUCAUCCGCCAAGAAAGCCCUAUCCUUUUUCUUUGUACCUGCUCUCAUAAACAUCAACUUCUUCUUUACCUUCAAAGUCCACAAAGACAAAUUGACUGGGGCAAUUACAGAAAUUCUAUACCACCCGGACCCGCCCUGGGUCGAGACGGUCGUGGGAUUGUAUAUUCUAAUUGUUGGUACUGCAAUCCCUUUCAUCAUCAUAAUCUCGUGCAACAUUCUCAUCAUCAUCAACGUACAAGGCGCCAACCGGCGGAGGAACAAAAUGGCCGCCGAAAGCAAAAUGGCCGCCCCGAGAGGAGACGGCGGGAGUCAUUUGACGCGGAUACUCAUCGUGGUUUCAUUGGCUUAUCUGAUAUUGUCAGUUCCACUGCGUGUGUCUGACUUAGUCUUUAAGCUUCCGAUCGUCCAAGACGAUUAUGAUAUGGAUGUUGAUUAUUGGAAUCUACGAUAUAAUUUGAUACGCAAUUGUUUAUUUAUUCCAUGGACAAUGAAUUAUGCGGCAAACUUCUACCUUUAUCUGUUAUGCGGGGGCAAAAACUUUCGGAAUGACACGUUAAAUGUUUUGUUUUGCUGCUUUCGGAAAAAAACGAAGUGACUUCAUCAUCAUCAUCAUCAUCAUCAUCGUCGUCGUCGUCAUCAUAAUUGGCGUCUUUGCCCAGACAUAAGCCUUUGCACUUUGAUCUGGGGUAAGUGGUUACUCUGGCUGCCUAAAUUUAUGCGUCACGAAACCUUAUUUACUUC